GCUAUUUCCUGUAUGACCGAAACGCGUGUCAUCAGAUGAUGCGGAAUUUUUAGCGACACAGGUACAUCUUCACUGCUUUUUCGUUUGACUGUAAUACAAGGCGUACUUUUAUAGGAUCGCACAGCAAGAACUAGGCAUGAGCACAGAGUCUCACUCUCCAGAAGAGUGAGUGUGAAUGGAGUGACACGAGUGGAUGAGUCAUGGACAGCCAAUGCAGCAGCAGUGUGGGUUCACGGGCCACUUUAGGGGGUGUGGGCAACAUUAACUCAACACCAAUUUCGGCCCGUAUCGAGUCCUAUGAAGGAGGAGAGAAGAAGUGCAUCUCUGAUGUCCGAAGAACCUUUUGCUUGUUUGUGACCUUUGACCUUUUGUUCGUCACCUUGCUGUGGAUCAUUGAGCUCAAUGUCAAUGGAGGUAUAGAAGAGCAGCUGAAAAAAGAGGUGGUGGACUAUGAUUACCACAAAUCUUUUUUUGACAUAUUUCUCUUGGCUGUGUUCCGCUUUGCAGCCCUGAUUCUGGCGUAUGCAGUGUGUAAGCUGCGCCAUUGGUGGGCCAUUGCUAUAACUACAGCAAUCACCACUGGUUUCUUAAUAGUGAAAGUGGUUUUAUCAAAGCUUCUGUCACAGGGAGCGUUUGGGUAUUUGUUACCCAUAGUCUCCUUCAUUCUGGCAUGGAUAGAGACGUGGCUGCUGGACUUCAAAGUCCUGCCCCAGGAGGCCGGUGAUGAAAUCAGUGAGAAGCUAAUAUAUAAUCACAGGUAUCUUUCAGUGCAGAAUGCGCUAGAUCAAGAGCCUCUUUUACACCCAGGACCCGUCCCAGACGGCCAGUUCUACUCUCCUCCUGAGUCCAUGGCAGACUCUGAUGAAGACUUUGAUGAUAAAUACGAUCUUGAGAAGCCCAUCGUCUAGCAGGAGCUCAGAAUAAACACUGAUUUUCAGAGUACAACUUCCUCGACCUCGGGCCAUGUGUCUUACUAUGGGUUUUUGUACAUUGGUGACCAGAACUAGACAGUCACUCUGCCUUAAACCAACGCCAUGAUCAGUAGUUUGUUUGUUUAUUUGUCUCUUUAUGCCCACUUAGUGCAAUCGACUUU